CGUGGGUUAAUUUUCUAAAAUAAUUAUUUUUUUGGAUUGUUAUUUUUAAUAAAAAUGACAACUAAAAUGGACGAAGAAAGUAUCAAAUCAUAAUGAUAAGUUUUGACUUUAUCGAGUUAUUGUAAUAUUCAAGAGAGAAGAUAAUAUUUAGAGAAAUCGAAAAGUUUGAAGAAGUUGUUUGGUUUUCCAAUGAGACUACUUGUUAGUAUUUAAGUAACUCGUUAAUUAAUCAGAUUAACUAACUCAUCAUUUUGAUCAAAUGGCAAAUGAAUCGGCCUUUGCUAUGUGUUGUGAUGAUUUUUACUUCUCAUUACUUUUUGACGAAAUCCAAAAUGUCGAUAACUUUUUAAUAUCAGAUGAUAAAUAUGCUGAACAGCUCCAGGAUCAAGAAAUAAUAAUGAGUUCAAUAACUUUCAAACAAAACUCGACCAACUCCCCUGCAGAGGAGAGUAAUGUAUAUCAACAUGAAAUCGGCGAAUCGUCUUUAAGUUUCUGCGAGAUUUGUGCAGAGAGAAAAGAAAAUGAUGAAAUGUUCACAAUUGAAUCUUGCAGCCAUGUUUUUUGUGCUGAUUGUAUCAACAAGCACGUCUCAAUAAAAAUCCAGGACAAAAUUCACGUUGUGACAUGUCCUGGUGUAGCUUGCAGGGGAAUUCUCGAUUUUGAGACGUGCAUUUCAAUCAUACCUAAAGAUGUACGUGAUAGUUGGGACGAAUUGUUGUGUGAAUCGCUAAUUCUUGCCUCGCAGAGAUUUUACUGUCCAUAUAAAGAUUGUUCAGCCAUGCUAGUGAACGAUUCGGAUGAAAUAGUUAGGGAAUCGGAGUGUCCUGUUUGUUGGAGAUUGUUCUGCGCGCAAUGUUAUGUGCCGUGGCAUUAUGAUUUUCAGUGUGAAGAGUUCCGGAGAAUGAAUGUGGAGGAAAGAGACAGAGAAGAUUUAAUGUUGAAGGAAUUAGCAAAGGCGAAACAGUGGACUAGAUGUCCUUAUUGCAGAUUUUUCGUCGAGAAAACAGAGGGAUGUUUGCAUAUGACUUGCAGAUGUGGAUCACAGUUUUGUUAUAAAUGUGGAAUAACUUGGAGAAAUAAUCAUGCUUGUUAAUGCAAUACUUUUUUUCAACUACUUACUUAUAUGUUGGAUGAGGAGAAAUAUUUGAUAUG